UUUAUUAUAUUAAUCUGCGAAAUCUAAUCUGGAAGUAUUAUUCGCCUAGUGGCUUGACCGUGCUAAGUGGUCGUAGCAUCGAACCCCGGCUGUGCACCAAUGUUUCUUUCUAUGUAUUAUAGUAUUUCACAGUCACCGGUUCUCUGAAAGAAGACAUCAUGUAGACACUGGCAUGCCAAUGUAUAUUAUAUUUACAAUAAUUCUUAGUGUAAGUUCAACGGAUUUCCUGCCGAAGUCAAACAAUGACGAUCUUAUCAACUUUAUCGAUCUGCUAAAUAACCGUGACGAUGAUGAUUACAUUGGGAAAUCUAAGUACUUACAAACUUUGACAGAUACAGAAUUGAAAAGAAGUAAUGAACAGGAUAAACUGACUGAAAUGACGCGUUUAUUACAAAUGAACUAUGAAGCGAGAGAAGAUAAGAAUAACUAUAACAGGGAAAGGCUUCAUUUUAUAAGAAAUCCAGAAUUUAUUGACGAUUAUAGGAGUCAAAUGAGAAAACGAUCGUCUCAUGAAUUACUUUAUGAUGGUGAUUUUGAUGAGGACACUUUGAAACAGCUACUCUUAAGUUUGAGGCGAAAUGCAGUGUUUCGUUUAAAUAAAGAAAAAUCAUUAAGAAACUCUCCAGCUUUACGAUUAGGAAGCAAUAUUGGUGAUCCACUGGACCCAAUAAAACCUGUGGUAAUCCGCGAUGACAUUGCCAAAAAGUAUGAUUGGGGUAAGAGUUUAGAGAGACAAAGGAGAGUCAAGCCUAAACUGCGGAAGGCAGAAGAAAGAUACAAGCCCCGAGGAGGUUUUGGUAGGACAUCCAUUCCAUUCGCCGGGAAGAGAGGAGUUUUUGAAGAUAAUUAAACAAACAUAAAAGUC